AUGUUAUUAUCAUUAAUUGAGGUACUUAUUGUAAUUGUACCAUUAUUAUUAUCUGUUGCAUUUAUGACAAUUGCAGAAAGAAAAGCAAUGGGAUCAAUGCAAAGAAGAUUAGGGCCUAAUGUAGUAGGAUAUUACGGUUUACUACAACCUUUUGCAGAUGCGUUAAAACUAUUUGUAAAAGAAUCUGUAAUUCCAGCUCAUGCUAAUAAAGCCUUAUUCUUAUUUGCUCCAGUAUUAACUUUAAUUGUUAGUUUAUUAUCAUGGGGUGUAAUUCCUUUUGGUUCUGGAUUAACAUUAGCUGAUAUUAGUUUAGGUAUUUUAUAUCUAUUAGCCGUAUCUUCUUUAGGUAUUUAUGGAGUUGUAUUUGCAGGAUGGUCUGCCAACUCUAAAUAUGCUUUCUUAGGAUCUUUAAGAAGUACUGCUCAAAUGAUUAGUUAUGAAGUAGUGAUUGGAUUAGUUAUUUUAACUGUUAUCCUAUGUUUAGGAUCUUUAAAUUUAACAAGUAUUAUUGAAUCUCAAAUUAGUACUUGGUAUAUUAUUCCUUUAUUACCAUUAUCAUUAAUGUUCUUAGUUUCUAUUAUUGCAGAAACAAAUAGAGCACCUUUCGAUCUUCCAGAGGCAGAAAGUGAAUUAGUAGCAGGUUUCUUUACUGAGCAUUCGAGUGUUCCUUUUGUAAUGUUCUUCUUAGCUGAGUAUGGUUCUAUUAUUUUAAUGUCUACUUUAUAUAGUAUUUUAUUCUUAGGAGGUUACUUAGUACCAUUUGUAUUCUUUGAAAAUCCUACAUUUUUAUCUUUAGAAGGAUUAGCUUUAGGAUUAAAAGUAUGUUUACUUCUAUUCAUCUUCAUUUGGGUGAGAGCCUCAUUUCCAAGACUAAGAUAUGAUCAACUAAUGUCUUUCUGUUGGACAGGUAUGUUACCAGUGGCACUAGGAUUUAUUAUUCUAGUUCCAAGUAUCAUCAUGGCCUUCGAGAUCGCUUAA